GGGGUCCGCCACAGCUGCAUCUCAGAACACAGCACAGUGAGACACUGGGAGUUUCACUGCUGGGACUGAUUCACAUCACAGGCAAACAUGGUGGGACUGCUGGUUGAAGAGCUGGUCACAGGCAAGAGAUGCGACAGCACAGACCUGGGAGGACUCCUGCAGGAGGGCUUCACCGAGGGAGAGUACGAGACAGCCGUCGCUCAAGAGAAACAAGAUGGCCGACGGUCCACUACCACAAGCACCAGCCUACCUGAGGACUUCCACCCGAUAUCCUUAAACACUGACCGAGCAGGCCGGCUGAAGCUGGAAACGGUUGAAGACCUUCACAAUAUUCUGAAGCUGAGGAAGAGGAGGAGGGCAAAGAGAGUGCCAGUUCAAAAGGCGGAACCAGAACCUGAGGCUGUGCCUGUGUUUGUGGAUGAGGUUGCGUUCCUGAAAGCUGCUGGAGAGAACAAAUUGCCUGUGAUUGAAAAGUACCUGGCUGAUGGUGGAGACCCCAACAUCUCAGACCACUUUAAACGGACGGCGUUGCACCAGGCCAGUUCCAGGGGCCAUGUGGAGAUUGUGAAGAGACUGCUGGAUGCUGGGGCUUUGAUUGAGAAGAGAGAUAAGCUGGACGCCAGCGCAGUGCACUGGGCCUGUCGCGGAGGCAGUCUGCCUGUCCUGGAGCUGCUGCUGAACCGCGGGGCUAAUUUCAGAGCCAGAGACAAGCUGAGGAGUACUCCCCUGCAUGUGGCGGUACGGACCGGUCACUACGAGUGUGCUGAGCAUCUGAUUCACUGUGGGGCCGAUAUCAACGCCAGAGACAGGGAUGAUGACACACCUCUGCAUGAUGCUGUGAGAAUAAACCGAUUCAAGUUCAUCAAACUGCUGUUGAUAUACGGCGCCAAUCUGACCAUCAAGAACUGUGACGGAAAGACCCCAAUGGAGUGUGUUCUUAAGUGGCAAAAUGGAGCAAAGGACAUUCUGAACACUUACGAAGACACAAACUGCCUGUCCCACUAAAGUUGUGUAUAUAUCUGUGUGUGAAAAUGAUUUACUGUUAAUAUUUGGUGGUUUGGAAAUACAUUGCAGGUCAAUGUAAAAUUGUGUUAAAGAGCCAUAGGCUAGUGCUUUGGAAGCAUACAUGUAUUUAUUAAAAUUUAUGAUGAUCAAAAUGAUAAAAGGCAGAAAGGAACAUGGAAAAUGAACUGUUAUGUAUUCUUAAAAAGCAAAGUAAUGUUUUUGGAAAAUUUACCGCAAGAUAGAAUAUCUUUAUAUGACGAUGCAUGACCAGUCUGACUAUUGCAAAGAUCAUGGGGUUUUCCUGUCUUAGCUUUCAAAAAAUGUUUCAGCUAAGACAUGCGAGCCAACUAAAAAGAACAUUGCAAAAGAAUGUACACCCACAUUUACUGUGGAUGUGUAUGUGCAGACUGAUGUCUGAAGUGAAUUGAAGCAGGUUCUGUGUGUGACAGUUGGUCAAGAGAAUGUUGAAGAGAGAAUAUUGCCUAACGAUUGUUGAAGAGACUGAAUACACAAACUGAAUUGUAUUGUAAUUUAUCAUUAAAAUAUUUUUGUAUAUUUUGUUUAUUUAAGCUUUUUAAUGGGAAUAAACAACAGCAAUGUUUUGAUAA